AUGACGCCUAGAUGUGGGACGGCUGAGUGUGCUCUGAGGAGGGCAGACACUUCCAGCAGCAGACGUCCCCACACCCAUCACCCCUAUCCACACAGGAGAGUGGGAGGAGGAGGAGGGGGAGGGGGAGGAGUGCUGGUUACUGGAUGUGCCAACAACAGUCUGUCCAAGAGUGAAGACUACAUUCUAAGACAGGCCAUCAGCAGUGCACUCAAAAACAGCGGGACAGGUAAUGACUGCCUGCUACACUCGAGGUACUUGCUUCAAGUUUCGACUCUCUCGGCCAAAGAAGUGUUCGAGCACUGGUACAUGAUGCCGUCACACCUGAGGGAACAGCUGCACCACAUGACCUCAGUGGGGGAGAACAACAGCAACAGCAGCACGGAGGGCCAUGCGAGGGCCAAGGGGAAGGGGAGGGGGAGUGUGUUGAACAGCAGGGGGGUGGGUGGAGGGCGGGGAAACAUCAGAGGGAACAGGGAGAGGGGAAGAAGUGACUGGGAGGGGGAUGAGACUGAAGAGCAGCAGGAUGAGGACAUGAGGGUGUCCACUGCACAGUUUCAGCUGUUGGACUUUGCGGAGAAGCAUGACCGGGAGCGGGUGGAGGUGACCCAGAAGAGACAGGGACUGGGCAAGACGGAGUUGCGGGUGGUGCAGAGGAAGAAGAACGGCCGGAGAGCUUUGCUGUCAGUCUACCUGCCCAACAUAAACAAACAACAACAACAGCAGCAGCAGCAGAGUAGUAACAAACACAAAAAAGGAGAGGGAAUCAGCCACAGAAGCCAUAAGAAUGAUGACAGUGGCAAUAAUGAUGAAGAUGAUGAUGAUGAUGAUGAUCACAACUACUGCACUGCCGAUCAAACCACUGAACAAGAAUCACAGCCAGAUAGUUCUUUUAAGUUCUCACCUCAAUUCCCACUUCGCGAACAAAACUCAGCCUAAGCAGACUCCUCUUCAUCAUGAUAACGACGUCGAUACAUGAAUAAGCACAUGUUUGUGACAAAGCACAUGGUUGUGCAGCUUGGUUUGAUACUUUGUUAUAUUUGUAUAUUUU